GAGAGAGAGAGAGAGAGAGAGAGAGAGAGAGAGAGAGAGAGAGAGAGAGAGAGGAAGAGAAAAAGAACAGGCUGUCUGCCUCAGGACCACUGCAUCUCCACUAAAUCUCUAGGCUGUCACACCAGCGCACAGCAUAGGAGAGGAGGAGAGAGCGGCGAAGAGUGAUUUCAAUAAGGACAUCAUUGGUACGUUAUCUGGGACAAACAUCGUCUGUCACAAAGAUCAAACUUAAAAAGGAAAACUAGGUGAAAGGAAACGUCCCUUAGGAUCAUCCAUUGGAUUGUCAGAUUGUUCCUGUUUCUCUUCAGAAAAAAACAUCGGAUUCUGUCUAUAUUCAGAAAAAAGUCAAGGCGUGAGAAGGAUAACCCGUACUGGGACUGUUUGCUCCCUAAAAGCUGAGUCAAUCAUACAGUAGGAGUACAGGGGUGUUUCUGAGCUGGUUUCUCUGCACUACUCUCUCAUUCUGCUACUGAAGACACAUUUGGAGUAGGAGAGGAUUUCUCAAUGUCUGACACAUUCUUACUGACUGAUUUCCUACUCAAGUAUUUAUUUUUCACUGACUGAUGAACUGAGCUCGUUGCUCGUUGUUGCUGCUGUUUUUCUGCUACUGCACAACUCUCUGAUACCACUGUCCUGUCUGAGCAUCCUCCUUCUCCCCCUCCUCGGCACCUCUGUCCUCCUCUUCCACUUCUACUCUGCCAGUUGAUGUCUUUUCUCUGCAUACUCUCCCACUGCUCUGCAGAACAACACACUCAUGGUCGAUGCCAAGGACCGGAAAAUGAAAUGUCUGACCUUCCUCUUGAUGCUCCCAGAGUCAGUUAAGAGCAAGUCGGCGAGUUCGAAGAGCUCCAAAAAGACAGUUAACGUCGGUGGCGCUUCCGGGGGUAGUACCGGGUCCAAGCUGCCGCCGGUGUGCUACGAGAUCAUUACCCUGAAGAAGAAGAAGAAGAUGGCAGCAGAUAUAUUCCCCAGUGCUAAGAAGCAGGGUGGAGGGUCGUCGGCCACAGUGCAGGAGUACCAACAACAGAACCUGAAUAAUAACAAUACAAUUCAGAACUGUAACUGGCAGGGGCUGUACUCUACUAUACGAGAGAGGAACUCUGUGAUGUUCAACAAUGAGUUGAUGGCCGACGCUCACUUUGUGGUUGGACAAACAGGAGGGACGCAGAGACUACCAGGACACAGGUAUGUUCUGGCUGUUGGUAGUUCUGUGUUCCACGCCAUGUUUUAUGGAGAGCUGGCGGAAAACAAGGAUGAAAUCCGAAUUCCGGACGUGGAGCCUGCAGCAUUCUUGGCCAUGUUGAAGUACAUCUAUUGUGACGAGAUAGACCUGAGUGCUGACACAGUGCUGGCCACGCUCUACGCUGCUAAGAAGUACAUCGUGCCUCACCUGGCCAGAGCCUGUGUUAACUUCCUAGAGACUAGCCUGUCCGCUAAGAAUGCCUGCGUCCUGCUGUCACAGAGCUGUCUGUUCGAAGAGCCCGAACUCACACAACGCUGCUGGGAGGUUAUUGACGCUCAGGCAGAGCUGGCCCUGCGGUCGGAGGGUUUCACUGACAUCGAUUCCCAGACACUAGAGAGUAUCCUCCAGAGAGAGACCCUCAACGCCAAGGAGGAGGUGGUGUUUGAGGCAGCGCUGAGCUGGGCCGAGGCAGAGUGUCAGAGACAGGACCUCACCACCUCCAUAGACAACAAGAGAAAGGUUCUCGGCAAGGCCGUGUUCCUGAUCCGUAUCCCCACCAUGGCAUUGGACGACUUCGCCAAUGGUGCCGCCCAAUCGGGCGUCCUGACCCUGAAUGAGACAAAUGACAUCUUCCUGUGGUACACCGCUGCCAGGAAACCGGACCUCCUGUUCGCCAGCCAGCCACGGAAGGGGUUAUCUCCGCAGCGCUGCCACCGGUUCCAAUCCUGCGCCUACCGCAGCAACCAAUGGCGUUACCGAGGGCGGUGCGACAGCAUCCAGUUCGCCGUGGACAAACGCGUCUUCAUCGCCGGGUUCGGACUCUACGGCUCCAGCUGCGGCUCGGCAGAGUACUCGGCUAAGAUCGAGCUCAAGCGCCAAGGCAUUCUCCUUGGACAUAACCUGAGUAAAUACUUCUCUGACGGUUCUAGUAACACGUUCCCCGUGUGGUUUGAGUACCCCGUGCAGAUAGAACCCGAUACGUUCUACACGGCUUCUGUAGUUUUGGAUGGGAACGAGUUGAGUUACUUUGGUCAGGAAGGAAUGACAGAGGUGCAGUGUGGGAAGGUGACGUACCAGUUCCAAUGUUCGUCAGACAGCACCAAUGGGACAGGAGUACAGGGCGGUCAGAUACCUGAACUCAUUUUCUACGCCUAAAGGAACACAAUGAAAUGGAUAUUACCAUUACUGACUUUAGUGAGGUGGGGUAAAAGUUGCCCCAAGUCGCUGAUGUUGGGUCAGUUUUACAUUUGCCCCACUAGUAGUUAAGGUUAGGAUUAAGGUAGGGGAAACUGAUCCAAGAUCUGUACCUAGAGGAAACGUCAUCCCGGAGUGACUUUGAUGCCCAUGGAGAUGUGCUUGUUUUUAUAGUACUUAUUACUGACUUUGGUUUGAUGGGUGAAACAUGUCCAUUGCGAGGACUGAUUGGGAAUGGAUUGAUCUAGAUGACACUUCCUUUGCGAGUGCUUGACUGUCACCAUUGUGAUGACAUACUAUUCCAUUGCUGACUAUGUAUGUUCUAUAAAUCUUGUUCUUUUUCUCUCUUUCUUUAUAUGCGGAAUUAUGGAAUUGAACCAUUCAUGAUUGAGGAUUCCCAGCAAACAGGGGACAUCUUGAGGACAUUUCCAUUAGGUCCCUUAAAAGGGUUUCUGCACAACGUUAUCUCACAGACGCUCUGAGAACAUUCUAAGAACAUUGCAUGAUGGUCCCCAAUGGAACGUUCACUGGGGGACCUUUUUCUAGUUCCCAGUUGGUCCCGGGGGACAUUUUUAGGACGUUGUGUCAUGGUCCUGGUCACGGGGACGUCCCCUGAGGAUAUUUUAAGGACAUUCCUGGGACGUUGUGUCAUGGUCCCCUAGAGGUUUUUUUUGUCACGUGAUGGAUUGACAUGAUCGUACAGACUUUUCAACAUGACCCCACCUAGAAUUUGAACUCACAGCCGCUGGAUUUGCAGUAUGCUGUGCCAAAAAGUCUGUAGAUUGUCACAAGUCCCUUAAACAUUUGUUACCUAUAAUACAUCUUCUCUGCGCUUAGAAAAAAAGAGUGCCAACUGCCCUGCUAUUUUAGCUAGCGGUUAAUCUGAUUAUUCUCUUAUCCUUGAAUUCCUUAUUAUUAUUAUACUUAUUUCAGCAAUUUGAGGGUUUUCAGUAUAGUUGUCUAAUGUUGGUGAGGCUGAAUUAUUCUGUUACUCCUCAAACAUGAUAAAUAUAAUACUUUUUUCUUGAGUGUAUAUUUUUUACAGGGAUGAAAUUUGCUUUGAAGAGCAAAGUGUAGGAAUACAGGUAUAAUCAAUCAUUGGCACAGACAUGGUGACGUAGCAGGAAGAAUGUUAAAAUCCCAGGUGAGGACGUGUGGAAUAAUCAUUCCUGUGUGAAUAAACGUACACAACGUAUUAGAUCUACGUCAAAGUGUGUCACGUAUGGAAGUUGAAACAACGUACGUUGAAACGUACCUUUUUGUGUAAGUUUCCCUAAACAUUUCCAAAAAAAGUAUUAGUUGUAAAUGGAUCAGUUGAUCAGCAAUCAGACAAAAGAAACAAGGGUUGAUGUGUAAUGGGGGGACUGUCUCUUUCUGACCAUCAUGAACAAGCCGGAAACUAGACAAAACCUCCAGGGGACCAUGACACAAAGUCCUGACCACUUUAUGGGGACCAUUUCAAGACGUCCUGAGGACGUCCUAAGAACUUAAUUUUGUUUGCUGGGUUUACUUUUGGUACUGUGGAUGGUCAGCACUUUGUUCAACGAGUUCCUCAAACGGACUCCUUAACCUCAAAUAACUCAACAACAGACAUCUCACUGGAACGGAUCAUCAUUGGAUUAUAUAACAGGAAUUCCGAUUAAAAAAAGGAAUUGACUCCGUGUGAAGGAGUUUUUUUCCCCAAUUUCUCACCACUGUUAGGAAUCGUGAAUAUAUUAUUUUUUGGGGAAUCAACUCCCAGCCCUAAUGUGUGUAUGCACUGUAUAUAGUGUAAUAUAUAGCUCAGAGGGUAUCUUAUGACUAAUAUGCUAUAUGUUUCCUAUUUUGAUGCUUGAACAUGAUGCACAUGAUACAGAACAGCAAUACUUCACUGCCUAAUAUAUUCUAGGAAUUGAUUGAUUGACGUUACGCACGCCUCUGUGAAGACGGAACGCAACACCCCUGCUACGACUCAAUUGAUUGAUCGCUCUCUGUUUUAGCUAAUGAAUUGCACUUCACAAAGCACCCCACCCCACAUCAAUAUUUAUAUUUUUAGAACUGGUGACAAUGGAGAGACAAUGUUGAUAUUUAAACACCAAACACUUACUCGUGUAGCCCUACAGUUACAGGUAUGUGACAAAUAAAGUAUUUGUAAAGAAGAUAUGUCACAAAGAAGAGACAUACAGAAAAACAGUUCAAUGUCACUAUUUUGACAAAUUAUCAACGUAUUAAAAAUAUAAGUUUAAAAAACA